CCCACGAUCUUAAAUAACUUCCCCUUUUCCCUCCGUCGGAUUCUCCGGGAAAGGAAUCCGAAUUCGGGUUAACUGUUUCCCGGCGUCUUCUAAGGGUGGCUGUAGGGCUGUCCGGACACCUGCGGAGUGACCCGCCGCCAUCUCCGUCCGGAAACAAUGGCAUCUCUCUUUAAGGAUCUAAGCAAGAUUUCAGCAUACAGAGAUAGAAGGUUUCAGGGUACACAGGAAGAAUUUGAUGAAGCACUUCUGAAAUCAACUACUGUUUAUGUGGGGAAUAUGUCCUUCUAUACGACUGAGGAGCAAGUGUAUGAGUUGUUCUCUCGUGCUGGGGAGAUAAAAAAGAUAAUUAUGGGUCUUGACAAAAACAGCAGAACUCCCUGCGGUUUCUGCUUUGUAAUGUACUACUCUAGAGAAGAUACAGAAGACUCAGUUAAAUAUAUAAGUGGGACAAUCCUUGAUGAUCGUCCUAUUCGGGUAGAUUUUGAUUGGGGUUUCCAGGAAGGAAGACAGUGGGGUCGUGGUAGAAGUGGUGGGCAAGUUCGUGACGAAUAUCGCACUGACUAUGAUCCAGAUAUCCUUUUGAAAGUUGCAAAGUUUAUCUUUAAAGUUUUUACUUAUUUUUAUCGUCAUGCAAUACGUAGGGGUGGUUAUGGAAAGUUGGUGCAGAAAGAGUUGGAGUCUCAAAGAGAACUAGUGGAUUAUGGCACUGGCUCAUUGGGAAACUUCGGACCAAUUAUGCCACCUCAAUAUGGUCGGCAUGGGGGACAUCAUGGCAAUGGAGGUUCUUAUCGACAGGGCAGAGAUUACCAACGCAAGCGGCAUCGUGAUGAUGGCCGGCCUAGACUUGAUUACUCUAAGAGAGUUUACCGCCGUGAACCUGCCAAAGAUUCUGACCAUGAAGCUAGACCGGAGAAGAAUCCACGGUUCCGUGAGAGUGGUGACUCCGAUGAUGAGGACGAGGAUGAUCGCAAGAGAUCCCAUUAGCCGAUUCUUUUUGGCUUUGAUUUCUUUCCUUUCCAUGCUGAUAUCCAACACUCUUCUUGGGUAUAUUUAGCAUAAGUAGUAGCAUUUCUAGGGGCAUUUGUUGUUUGGGUUUGCAUUAGACUUGGAAAUGAUUGUGACCUCCAUGGAUGAUGAAGCUCUGAACCUCUUCUCCAUGUUGCCUUUGUAACUUAAAUCUUUCAGAUUUUUAUUUUUAGCAUAAUUGAAACUUCUAAGCAUCUCCUGUAAAAAAAAUUCAGAAUUUUUCGUGACAAUCUUUUGAAAAUACUCCGUAGUCUCUCUACUUUCUAGUAGGGGGUUUUGAACUUUA